AUGCAAACUAACCGCCAAAGCUUCCGCAACUUCCCUGCCGUUCCUGGCCAUCUUCUCCCUGGGGGAGGGACAAAUCCCACUGACGCUGCUCUCCUUCUCACAGGCAUUUUCUUGCCCUCUACACCUCCAAUGCCUCCCAAUCUGGGCGGCCCUCUCCGGAGGAACCUGUCGCGUCUCACGACCGACGGGGCUGUUUUCUACUGUCCGUCCUGCGCAACCUGGCGACGGACUCUGUCGACCACAGCCGCGACGCGCGCCGUCACUCGACGAGAUGCCACUUCCUCACCAUCUUAUUCCAUAUAUCGCCGUCCGGCCUCGACCCUAGCGACAUCUUCAGCUAUCAAUGCAAGCAAGAAUGUGCCCCCGCAGUACAAGGAUCUGUAUGAUGCGCUGGAUGAAGUGAGGGAAGCCGCUGCGGAGCAGGUCAAUCUAAGUCGAUUGCAACUUGCGCAGAGGGGGUUGGAGUCGGAGACGCCGGUCAUUCGGAUUGCAGUGCUCGGUCUCAAUGAUGCGGUUGCGACGCGCAGGCUGGUCCGAUUGCUCCUUGCAGACCCGUUGAAACCGAGAGAAGAAUGGGAGGAUUUCUUAGAAUCUUACGAGGCGGAUACUUCGAGAGGUCUACUCAUACGAUACGGAGAGGAGUCAGAAACACUCCCUAACGAUUUAGUACCUACCAUUUCCGUGCCAUCGAGGAUCUUACAGAAGGGGAAUAUUGAGAUUCUAGUUAGCAGUUUGGGAGCGAGUGCAGAGCCGACUGGGGUUGUCACGGCGGAUACAUUCCUUGUUCCGACGGUUACGAUUCGUACCUCGCACAGCGGUCGACACAAUUUCGUCCGAUAUCCAGUACACAGGAGUCUUCUGUGUGGACGAGGUGUUGACGGUUUCUUCGCUUACAGCAGACUCAUUUCUCGGUCUGUUCUGGGGAAGGAGGAGGACUCUGUCCAUGCAGCAGUGGAUCUGUCAGUCAAGGACAAUGAAGCGAGGGGUAGCAGAUUUUCGUUUGUGGACAUCGACCAGGCCGAGAAGGCCCUUGAGAAGUUCCGUGAAUCGGUCCAGAAUGCCACUGAGUACGAGCGUGGAUGGAACGCAAGCGGAGUUCAGCCGCUGGUAGAUUGGCUCGCCUUAACGCAGAUGAGCGAGAAACUGGAUCCAUCGCUGCGGACCCUCAUUGAGUCGUUGCUCGAUGCUGCUGAGGAGGGAGUAAAAGCUAAAGAAGCCGCAAGAGCCCGACGGGAAGAACUGCAAACCGGUCCUGAUGAUGAGGUACGGGACCAGCUCGACCGUGCCGUCUCGAUCUGGGCGGAGAGAGCACACACUGAGCUGCGUGACGCUCUUGGAGAGGGUUUCGCCAGCAAGCGUUGGCGCGGACUCUCCUGGUGGAAGCUCUUCUGGCGUGUCGACGAUGUCGGCAUGAUCACGACCGAUAUCCUUGAGAAGAAGUACCUCCCCCAGGCCGAGAAAGAGGUCAUCUGGACGGCAGGCAAGCUUCAACAGGCGGGGCUUCUUGACGAACCUCAUAGCAACCUGGAAGAUCUACCCCUCGAGAGUGUUUCAGAGGGCCCUGAGACAGGCGAAACCGUCGUUGCGGAACAGGGACAGGAACCCGUCCCGGUCCCUGAAACUGCCACUACACCCCCUUGGCCAACACUGAUCACAACCAGCCGCAUGCAACUUCUCGACACUACCGUCCCAUCCCUCCAGGCUCUGGCCCAGCGCCUCGUCCUCUUCAGCGUUUCCACCUCGACCAUGACGUCCGCUCUCUCCGGACUGAUCUACAUCUCCACAUCAGCCACCUCUCUCUAUGAAGCCUGCACUGUCGCUGCGGUCGGGCUGAUCUACUCUCUGCGUCGCCAGCAGACGAAAUGGGAAGCGGCCCGUCACUUCUGGGAGGAGGAAGUGCGUGAGGAAGGCCGUACUGCGCUCAAGGAGACGGAGCAAUUGCUGAGGACCUUGGUUCGCGAGGGAGGAAAGCGGAUCGCGGAGGCAGACGAGGAGGAUGUCUCUCUGCAGCAGGUCAAGGCUACGAUUGAGAGAGCGAGAAAAGCUCUUGAAGAUGUAAAAUAGAUAAGGAU